ACCAGUGAUAAUUACAAACACACGAAACACCUUUGACCAAACGAAUGAAACAAGAGGCAAAAAUGCAUCUACUCUUUCGGCGCUCAGCAAAAACCGCCAGAGCCGCCACUCGCUACCUCGCGCUCCCGCCAAAAACCCCAUCCUCUUCCUCCUCCUUCUUCCACUCCUCCCAACCCCGUCACCAAACGCCCGAUAUCGGCUCUCCUUCCAGAGUCCAAAAGCUCAUCGCCUCCCAAUCCGACCCUCUCCUCGCCAAAGAAAUCUUCGACUACGCCGCCCGCCACCCAAAUUUCCGCCACUCCUACGCCUCCUACUUCACUAUCAUUCUCAAGCUCGGUCGGUCCAAGUACUUCUCCCUCGUCGACGACCUCCUCCUCCGCCUCAAGUCCCAAAACUACACCGUCUCCCCCGCCCUCUUUUCCCACCUGAUCAAAAUCUACGGCGAAGCCAAUCUGCCCCAGAAAGCCCUCCGAGUGUUCUAUACCAUGAUGGAGUUCGAUUGCAGGCCUUCCGUCAAACACCUGAACCGCAUUCUUCAGAUUCUCGUUUCUCACCGGAACUUUCUCCGGCCGGCGUUCGACGUCUUCAAAGACGCUCACCGUCACGGGGUGAUGCCCAAUACGGAAUCCUACAAUAUACUGAUGCGUGCAUUUUGUUUGAACGGGGAUAUCAGCAUUGCCUACCAACUGUUCAACAAAAUGUUUGAGAGAGACCUUGUGCCGGAUGUGCAUUCGUAUCGGAUUCUGAUGCAGGGGUUGUGUAGGAAGGGGCAGGUGAAUACCGCGGUCGAUUUCUUGGAGGAUAUGCUGAACAAAGGGUUCGUGCCCGAUACGCUGAGCUACACCACUUUGUUGAAUAGUUUGUGUAGGAAGAAGCAGCUUCGUGAGGCGUAUAAGCUACUUUGUAGGAUGAAGGUGAAGGGGUGCAAUCCUGAUAUUGUGCAUUAUAACACUGUUAUAUUGGGAUUAUGUCGAGAAGGGCGCCCGGCGGAUGCUUGUAAAGUUCUCGAGGAUAUGGCAUCGAAUGGGUGCUUGCCAAAUUUGGUAUCUUAUCGGACUUUGGUUAGCGGGUUAUGCGAUCAUGGGAUGCUUGAUGAGGCUAAGAGUUAUAUGGAGACAAUGGUGUCAAAGGGGUUCUCACCGCAUUUCUCGGUCAUUCAUGCUUUGGUUAAGGGGUUCUGCAAUGUGGGUAGGGUUGAGGAAGCUUGUGGAGUUUUGGAGGAGGUGUUAAAGCACGGAGAGGUUCCUCAUACGGAUACUUGGAUUACGGUGGUUCCUGGGAUAUGCGAAGAGAUUGAGCUGGUGAGAAUGGAGGAAAUGCUGAGAGAGGUAAUGAAGGUGGAAAUUAGGCCAAACACUAGAAUUGUGGAGGCAGCGUUUGGUUUGGAGGAUUACUUGAUCAAGAAGAUACAGGCUAAGCCUAGGAGAGGUUAUUAAAUUCUUUACGGCAUGUGUUCCUGGUUUUUAUAACUCCCUGUAGGCUCUGGCAUGAGAGAUCUGUUAGAUUUUGGUCAAGCUACUAGCUCCACUUUCAGUAUUU